AUGACGGUCUCACCGCCAGCGUCGCCAACGGGCCCUGCCCCGCGACCCAUCAGCGCGGUGAUGCGCACGCCACGCAGCAAUAGUCGCAUGAGUAUGAGCAGCAGACAAGGUGGAAGUCGAGCCUCAGAUGAGGAUGGCAAGACCGCCGUCAAUGUUGCCGUCCGUGUGCGACCUCCAUUGAAACCAACCGACCCUGGAUACGAGUUGAUUCCCCAGCGAUUCCAGCGCUCCAUGGUUCACGUUACAGCUUCCACCAACUUGGCCGUGGACGUGCCACAAGGUCGUAAGCUUUUUGUUUUCGAUCGCGUCUUCCCAGAGACCGUCAACCAGGAUGGAGUCUGGGAGUACCUGAGCGAUAGCGUCAACUCCUUCCUCCAGGGAUACAAUGUUUCUAUCCUGGCGUACGGUCAAUCCGGUGCAGGAAAAUCAUAUACUAUGGGCACAUCAGGCCCUGGCGAGGCAGGUCAUGAGGACUCCAUGGGUGUUAUUCCCCGCGCUGCACAGCUUUUGUUUGAUACAUUGGAUGGCCCAGCUAAACACACCCGGAACGGCUCCAGUUCAACCGGCACUGGACUUCGAACCCCACAGCGAUACUCAAUGAGCUCUGCAGCGAGCUUCGGAAAGUUGAACCUGGAGAAAACCUGGCAGCUGAAGGCUACCUAUGUCGAAAUCUACAAUGAACAUCUCCGGGAUCUGCUCCUGCCAGAAUCAACAGCCACCGUCGAUCGCAGCAAUGUCACGAUCCGUGAGGACGCCAAAGGACGCAUUCUUCUGACAGGCCUGCACCAAGUGAACAUCAACUCCUUCGAUGACCUAAUUGGCGCUUUGAACUUCGGUUCCGCUAUCCGUCAGACCGAUUCCACCGCUAUCAACGCAAAGUCAUCUCGAUCGCACGCAGUCUUCAGCUUGAACCUGGUGCAGCGCAAGAAUGCUGGCCAGCCUAGCUCGCCUAAAGAAAAGCGCAUGUCUAUGCCGGUGGAUUCCAUGUCUAGCGGCGAGUCCAUCACGGUAGACAGCAAGCUUCACUUUGUCGAUUUGGCCGGUAGUGAACGGCUGAAGAACACCGGAGCCUCCGGCGAACGCGCUAAGGAAGGUAUUUCCAUUAAUGCUGGUCUCGCUGCUCUCGGCAAGGUCAUUUCCCAGCUCUCCUCUCGCCAGUCUGGAUCCCACGUUUCAUAUCGUGACUCCAAACUGACUCGUCUGUUGCAAGACUCGCUGGGUGGUAAUGCUAUCACCUACAUGAUUGCCUGUGUGACCCCGGCCGAGUUCCACUUGAGCGAGACUCUUAACACCGUUCAAUAUGCCCAGCGUGCUCGCGCCAUUCAAAGUAAACCCCGGAUCCAGCAUAUUGCAGACGAUUCCGACAAGCAAGUUGUGAUAGAACGUCUCAAGGCUGAGGUUGCCUUCCUCCGCCAGCAGAUUCGCAAUGCCGAGGCAUCAGAUCGUCGCGAAAAUAUCAGUACGGAACGCAACGAACGAAAGAACGAGCUAGAGAUCCAACUCCAGAAUCAGCUUCUUGACGUUCAGGAGAGCUACAAUGCCUUAAGCCAGCGCCACACCAAGCUGAUCUCGACAUUAACAAGUGAUUCGGAAGCCACCGAGGUCGACGAUGCGAGUGUUGACCUUGGCAAAGACUCGAUUGAGCGUAUGCAGCGUUCGCGAUCAUUCGCCGCAUCAGUCGAACAGGUUGUCCUCGAGUACGAGAAGACCAUUCAGAGCUUGGAGGCAUCGCUUUCUGAUACUCGCUCCUCCUUGUCUUGUUCCGAGAGCGCUCUCUUGGAGCGGGAGACCAAGUGUACUUAUGUCGAGACAGUUAACUCACAGCUCCAGUCACGCGUACAGAAGCUUUUGGACCGAGAGACUAGCAACGAGACAUACUUGCACGAGCUGGAAUCCAAGCUUGAUGGUGCUUCCACUGGCGAAGAGAAGCAUGCCGCAAUCGUGGCCGAGUUGCGCAAAGAGCUUAGUCGCGCUCGUGAAAAUGAGGGAAGCUGCGAGGAAUACAUCUCUACGCUAGAGGACCGCCUUGCCGAGUCUGACCAAGAUAUGGAGUUGAUGCAACGGGAGGUGAUUCGAUUGGAGCACGUCAUUCAUCGCCAGCGCGGUCUCGGUACGUUGGAUAACUUACUCCAUGACCUGGAUAACCGUCAUAACCUUCCCGAGGGAUUAGAUGGCCCUGAUGGUGUUGAUCAAUCCUACACCCCCGCUGCGAAGUUUUCCCACAGACAUACUCCCUCGUUGGAUGUCUUGAAUGAAGCCGCGGAAACCGCUAUUCCCGAAUCCGAUGAAGACCUUGUUGAGCCUAUCCCGGAGGAGGAGGAGAGGGAAACUACUCCUGAACUUGACUCUAAAUCCUCUAGCGAUGACCUGGAGGUCCUCGAGAACAUGACCAGCAAGCUCGAGGCCCGUCGGACUGAAGCCCUCCGCGAAGAGCCCCUCCACAGCCCUGCGCAAUCUAAGUUUGUUGCAGACAAGCUUGAAACUGUUACCCAGGAGCUCUUUGACCUCCGUCUCCACCAUGAGACAGCCUUGAGUGAAUACGAUAUGCUCGAGGCCAAGUACGAAGAGGUCUUAAAGGAUCUUAUUGCGCUUCGUCAAGACAAGGCUGAUGAAGCUCGCCACCCCGCCCCUGUUGCUCAGAACGAGGCCUCCCGGCCGGUGUCUUUUUUAGGCAACGGAGACAUCCAGGUCUCGAAGCCUGGAGCACAACAUUUAUUCUCGCAAUCGCUCUCCUCGGAAUUAUCCUCGGUCGGUGGAUCGGCCACAUUGCUCGAAUCUCCUGAGCUCUCCAAGCUGGAGACUGAUUCUGCCCCUGUUACUCCUAUCACGCCUGCUGCUACUACCGUCCAGCAGGAGAACGAGGAGGUCGAGCUGAUGCGCAACAUGAUUGCCGAGCACAAGGUUGGUGCUGAUCUCAUGGCUCAGAAGUAUACCGAGCUCCAGGCUGAGCACGAGGAAAUUCUCGGAAUUGUCGAGAGGCUGAAGGCUGAAGCCGAGGCUCAGCGCACCAAGAACAGCUCUCCUACGACACCCGGUUUCAAGAUGAUCCGCCGCAUGACCAGCCAGAAUCUUCUUUCCGGGGUUGAUCGUGCCCACCGUUCUCUCACGGCCCUCAGGAUCCUUGCCAACGAGGAGUUCGCCGACAAGCCUGAUACUUUCCAAAGCUUCGAGACCCACUUGGAUGCUACCAUGCACGAGUUGGCCACUCGCAUGGAACGUCUCCAGUCACUGGAGGCCGAGAACCAGGGUGUGAAGAGAGAGAUGGAGAUGAAGGCCACCAUCAUUUCCGGUCUCACCCGUGAGCGAUCCAGCUUGUCGGGUGCCUCUUCCGUCGACAUGGCUCUUGUGAACCAGCUCCGUGACCAGAUUGUCAGCCAAGAGAUCCAGAUCAACGAGCUUCGUGAUGCCCACGAGGCCCGUGAGAAGGGCUUGAUGGCUGAGAUCGAAACUCUCAACGCACUUCUCAAGAGCCAAGAGAUGGCUACGAAGGCUAUGGAUGCGGGAGCUGAUGAGCAGGAUAAGAGAAUCGAUGUCUUGCAAGACGAGCUCACCGAGUGGAAGAGCAAGCACCAAAAUGCCCAUGAGUCGCUGCAGUCAUCGGAGAACCAACUCACCUCCACCCUUGCAGAACUCGAGACUGCCUUGGCUGCUAUUGAGUCCAUGCGUGCUGCUGCUGCUUCUUCUGGCGACGGUAACUCUGACAAGGAAGCCAAUGCCAAGGAACUUGAGAGCGAGCGUGUCAAGCAAGAGGAGCAUGUGAAUGGGUUGACCAAGGUCAUUGAUGAGCACAAGGCUACUAUUGCCGCUCAGCUUGAGACGAUCUCUGGUCUGGAGAAGUCACACGCCACUGCUCAGGAGCAGUUGCUCGCACAACAGACCGACGAGGUCCUUUCCACCGGGGCACCCGAUGUCUCCAAGAUUGCUGAGCUCGAGCAGCUCAUCGCUUCUCACCGGUCUGCCAUCGACUCACAGCAGACUGACUUGCAAUCGAUGCAAGACACCCACAAGCGGGAGCUGGCCGAGCUCGAGGACCGGGCCAAGGCUGCCGCUCAAGCCGAGCACGAGUCUCAGCUCUCCGAGAGGGAUGUCAAGUAUGACCAGUCGAUGGCAGCUUUGCAGAAGGACAUUGCAGAGUCUCGCGAUGAGUUAUUGAGCCUUCUCAAGGCUGUUUCGGGUCUGCUUAGCUCAGAUGUCACCGCUGAGACAUUGACUGAUCAGAUCCAAGAUGUCCUCGCGCAGAAGCAGCACUUCUCUGAGAAGUAUGUUGAGCUGAUGGAUACCAACGAGGACCUUCGCAAGCAACUCGAUGCCAGCAGCUCUAACAGCGCUGAGCAUGAUGAGCUUAUUAAGAAGAGCACCACCCAGGACGCCAAGGUCAAUGAGCUGGCUCUCUUGGUUGCUACACUGGAGGAUACUCUUCUUCAAAAGGAGGAGCAGGUUAAGAAGAAGGAUGCUCUGAUCGAGGAGAUUUCCGUUGAGAAGCAGAAGAGUGUCCGCCUGGUCGAGGAGCUCGAGGAGCAGAUUACGAGUAGCUUUGACCAGCACCACAACCGUCUGUCUGUUAUCCAAGCUGAGCGUGACAGCGCUCUCGAGGAGACGAAGGCUCGCGUUGUCGUGCUCGAGAAGGAGAUUGAAACUUACCAAGUCCGGAUCGAGCAGCUUGAGCUACAAAUCAAGAACGGCGGUCAGGAUAGUUACCAACAUGACCGCAGCAGCUCUAUGACUUCCAACCUCCGCAAGAGCUCAUCCGCAGCCUCUCUGCCCUCGCCUCCGCCCGCCAUUCCACUUCCACCUCUCCCUACCAUUGCGGCUGGGUCAAAUGGCAGUGCAUCCCCUCCCAGCUCUCGCCAUGCUAGCAAGGAGCUGGUGAACGCCCAGCUUGUCGAAGAGCAGGAAGCUCGUAUCCGUACCAUCGAGAAGCAUCUAUACGCCGAGAAGCAAUUGACAGCCACUCUUGAAGAGGCACUCGGUGACCUUGAGGCCCAGAGCAGCAAGGUCAAGACUGACUGUGAGGCCUGGAAGAAGAAGGCCUGGGGUCUAGACGACGAGCUCUCCACCCUCCGCAAGGAGCGCAACUCUGCUCGCCUCUCCUUACAAGCUGUCGAGGAAGAGCGCAGCGCUCGCAAGGAAGCCGAAGCCGCCCGUGCCCAGCUUGAAGAGCGCAUGAAUGCCCUCAACAAGAAAAAGAAGAAGAGCACUCUCAACUGCUUCUAA